AUGCGCUCAAAAAUCACAGCCGCCCUCGCUCCCUCGACCCUGGAAAUCCACAACGAUUCGCACCUGCACUCGCACCACAAGGCCAUGCGCGACAGCACGUCGCAGGAGACGCACUUCCGCGUCGUCAUCACAAGCGAGGCCUUCGGUGGCAAGAUGCAACCCGCGCGGCACCGCAUGGUGUAUGCACUGCUGAAGGAGGAGAUGGCGAGGGAGGGGGGCAUACAUGCAUUGCAGUUGAGAACGAGGACGCUAGAGGAGGAGAGGAAACAAGAGGAGAGAGAGAAGGAAGAGAAGGGGGGGCGUUUUGCUAGUACCGGGAAGGCUUAG